GUGUCGUUGAAGUAAGUUUAGUUUGACCCGGCCUAUCUUGAACCGACUUGACCUUUGCGGUACAAAACGAGCAACUUGCUAGGGCUUUUGAUUUAUUCCACAGCUCUGAUUUUUCAGGUUGUGCUCCUCCUUCGAAUUUUGCAAGUUUCACCUUUUCGCUAAAGAGAGAAGCAGAAAAAGUAAUCAUGCCGAAGAACAAGGGAAAGGGAGGAAAGAACAGGAAGAGAGGUAAGAAUGAAGCCGAUGAUGAAAAGCGUGAACUUGUGUUUAAGGAAGAUGGACAGGAGUAUGCCCAAGUGCUUCGUAUGCUGGGUAACGGUCGCUGUGAAGCCAUGUGCAUUGAUGGGACGAAGCGACUUUGUCACAUCCGUGGUAAGAUGCACAAGAAGGUUUGGAUUGCAGCCGGUGAUAUCAUUCUUGUUGGUCUUCGUGAUUAUCAGGACGACAAAGCUGAUGUGAUCCUCAAGUACAUGCCUGAUGAGGCUAGGCUUCUGAAGGCAUAUGGAGAGCUUCCAGAGAACACACGUCUUAAUGAGGGUAUUGCCGGGGGUCUUGAAGACGAGGAAGAAGGCGGUGCUGAUGACUAUAUUGAGUUUGAGGAUGAAGAUAUUGAUAAGAUAUAGAGGUUCCAGGAUCAACUCUAUUUGGAUGUUAUAUUUUACCUUUACCUGUUCGCGGUUAAUUGGCACUAAUAUAAGUCAAACUUGGAUUGGCAGUUGGCUCUUUAUGUGGUUUUGUAUUUCCAGAUGGGGAAUUGGUCAUGUUCCAUGUAACAUCUGUUAUUAUUAAUACAUCUGUUAUGUUUGUGUUUUUUUUUUUCUUCAUUUAAUGACUGCUUCCA